GUCUCGUACUCUCUCUCUCUCUUCAACACGGAAAAAUCACACUCUAAAAUCAAAGCUCCUCCAGGAGAUAUGGCGAGAGAGAAAAGGAGUUUAUAGAGAGAGAAAGCUUAGCAGGAAAGCAAUGGAGUCUAGGUUAUGGAUCAUGGUCUUCGUUUUGGCUAUCAUGGGUUGGUCAUUUGCAGGGUGGUUUGGAUCUGAAACUAAGGAGUUGGUUCUGAAUCUAGAUCACUCCAACUUCUACCACACUAUUGGCAACCACGACUUCAUCGUCGUCCACUUCUACGUUCCAGGGUGUAGCUUCUGCCAAAAACUUGCUCCAGAGUAUGAGAAAGUUGCAUCUGUAUUGAGUAGUCAUGAUCCUCCAGUCACCCUGGCUAAAGUUGAUGUCAGUGAAGAGAAGAACAUGGACCUUGCAAGAGAAUUUAAGAUUUCGAGUUUCCCAACAAUUAAGAUCUUCAGAAUGGGAGAGAACCAUAUUCAAGAUUACCAAGGACCUACUCGAGAUGCUGAAGGAAUUGUUGCUUAUUUAAAGAAGCAAAUUGGCUCUGCCUCUGCCGCUGAAAUAGAAGAAUCCGCAGAAGAUUACCAAGGACCUCGGGAUGCCGAUGGUAUUGUUCCUUAUUUAAAGAAGAAGCUAAUCGGCUCUGCUUCUGCUAAAAUAGAAGAAUCCACAGAAGAUUUCGAUUUAGAUAUGUACAUUAACGUUAUAUAGAUAUUCAAAAGAAUAAUAAUAAGGAUAAAUUACAAAUACAUCACCUAGAAUUUGCUUAAA